UCGCGGCUCCUCAAAUUUAUAUCCAUUUCGGUGGUGUCCAUAGCGUCCGCAAAGCCCGUAAUGUCCGUCAUUCUGCACCUGCUAAGCAACGGCUCCAGCGAAGAUGAAUGUUGCAAAAGCCAGAUGGAUUGGGAAGAUUGAAUCAGACGUUCUGUGCGCCGUUCCUGAGGGUUUUAUAUCUGCUCAAAUCAAUGAAGCUGGAAUACGAAGUCGGGUUAGCGCUGAAGAUGGAGACGAGUGUCAGUCUCCACCACAAUCAUGCAGGAGAUUUUAUCUCCGAGACUUGCCAGCGUUGAGCUACUCCUCCACCGUAAUGGUUUAUGGGGAAGCACACACCAUUUCACGACACCCGUCGCCGGCCAGAAACGGCAACACCCUUAUCGGUGUCUACCUUCCGCAUGGUAUCACCUUGCAGACAAGCCAGUCUCGCACAAUGUAGCCGCCGUCAUUGGCACCAUAUUUAACUUAAAGAACCAAUGCGGUUGAAUUGGAGGAAUGUCACCUCGGAAGAAGCUGGACCUCAAGGGUCUAAGUACGCGGUUCCCACGAAUCAUGAACAUGCUGGUCACGUCUCCAAGUCACAGCGCAAGUACAAAGUGCGCUUUCGACGAGACAGGGGAGCAACAAGAGCUACCAAGAGCCGACCGCCGGGCUUGAGGUCGAUUUCAUCAGCCGUGCUGGAAGUUGACCACGCGGUUCCUGUGUCCACGGCAGACGCGGCGAGGCGACAGGUCGAGAACCAGCCCCAAGGAUCAGUCUUGCAAUCUGAUCAGCUAGACGCACGAAGGCCAGAAGCCACGGGAAUGGAUCUGGAAUUAGGCACUGUCGAAGGUGCCUCUUUGUUGUAUGCUUUUAGCACAGAGCACAGAUGGGAUGAGGACCAGGGAGACCCAACCAUCACCUGGGAACCGUGCACUAGCCCUAUGGGAGACGACUCUCCAAGUCGACGCCAUGUGGGCUUCACAGACUCACGCCUUCGGGAUGCGGACGGAUUCAGUACAACAGUCAUGCUCGAAACACCGUCCGUAUCCUCCACAAAUCAACAGUCACCACAACUCAGCUUUCAAGCAGACAUCUUACCAAACAUCCCUUGCGAACUUCCAGCCGCUGGUGCUUGGUCGGGGGAAAGAACGUCCGAAAGAAGGUUCUACCUGCAGUAUUGUAUGGUGCCCCCCAGACAAGACAUGUGCGUAAUGACGUUGACUUGUGCAGAUAUUGAAAAGGUAGUUCCGCGACUGAUGCCGCUUUGGAACACACCGGACAACCCAUUCCUUUGCAUAGUCAUCCCGGCUUCUACGGAGUCGGAAAUACUGAUGCAGGCCAUAAUGGCGUUGUCGUCACACCAGCUGUCCCUUCAACGUGGAAGAGCUCUUGAUCACUUGCUCAACCCUCCGGGAGAUGAAUACAACGGACUGAAGGCCUUGCGACACAAACAAAAAGUUCUGACACUACUAAGAGAGAAUUUGGCCAAGCCAGACCUACUCAGGGACGACGCCACUCUUGCAGCAUGCAUGCUCAUGCAGACGUUUGAGGUAUUACAUUCAGGCACCUCCGGCUGGGAUCACUGGCUCAAAGGAGCCACACUGUUCAUCCAGCUGAGAGGCAAACUUGAAAGCGACCUGAAAGAUUCAAACAGUUGGGUGAGACUAGCCAAAUGCGUGGUGGCUAUUGAGACUUUCGCAGCAACGUCUACCCGCUUCGACUUGUUGGUAGCGGAACAGUAUUGGAAUAUCUACCGACGACUUCGGCAGGACGAUUUACGGCAAGUAGCCCUGGGACGCAUCUCGGGUCUGAAAGAGGAUCCGGACGACGAACAUUUCCAAAAGUUGGUAGGAUGUCCAGUCGUGGUGGUAUACUCGCUCGGGCGCAUGGUCAUGCUCGCCCAAUCUCGGGAGGAGACCGAAGCAACCUCCAACAUGCAAAACGAUGCUGAAUGGCACAGCACCUGGUCCAUCGAAUCGGUCAAGCUAGAGGACCUUCUGCUGCGGUGGCGCCCCAGAAGCGGGUCGCAGCCGGACGAGAAACAUCUAGCCGAAGCUUUCAGGCAUGCCGCCCUUGUUUUCUACUACCGGAAGAUUCGGAAACUGGACUAUUGCCAUGAGACUGUGCAGUAUCACGUGCGGCAAACUUUUAUCAAUCUGGAAUCCCUUACGCCAUCAUCCUACAUCGAAGGCAUUGCUCUGUGGCCAACCAUGAUGGCCGCUCUCGCAAUCAAUGAAAAUGACGCUGCCAUGGCAAAGAAGGCCAUCAAAAGGAUACGAGGCAUGAGUAGCCAUGUCAGGGAUCCGCUUUAUCAAAAUGCCGAAGAAGCCCUCAAACUUCUUUGGACCAAGCGCAGGGAGUCCAAGACAUGGGAGGAGAGGAUUGGCGUCGACUGGAAUGAACUGAGCGAAGAGAUGGAUUGGAAAUGGUGUUGGGUCUGA